AAAAAAAAAUCCCGAAGGUUUAUAGGUUUGGUGUCAAAAGCUUUUUUUUUUUUUUUUUUUUACUAUGUCUCAUUUUAGCCUCACAAUAGAAAAAAAAAAUUCUUUCCAGAUCUUUCUCUCCUUGGAUGUUGCUUCUUCAGCACCACAUUGUUUCUCCACAGCCGUCCUCGGCCUCCUCCACCUCCUGUUCCCUCUAACCCAGCUCACCCAAACCCUAACUCCAUCUCUGCCCGCAUCCACGACGAUUUGGAUCCUCCGCUCUUAUUCUUUUUAAUUCCACUGGAGUUUUAUCAUCUCUGCCUAUUCGACUUUAAGUGUAGAAAGAAAGAGCAUUACUCAAGCUUAUUCUUUGCAAUCCUCCUCAACUGCUAAGAAUCAUGACUUCCAGGGACUCGUCCCAGUGAGGGUGAAGAAAUUCACCGAGUCUUUUCAUUUCGGUGGUGAAAAAAUAUACAAUCUCUUCCAGAUUUCUCCCGUCUUUUCGUUACUUAGUUGGGUCUUGUAACAAGUGUCACUUGUUGGGUUAGUUAGUGACGAAGACUUCUCCAAAGUCACUGAAGUUAGAUUCUCUCUUGUUGAUGGAACAGGUGGUAUCGAUUAUAAAAGACGGGUGAAUGAAAGUUUUGACGCUAGAGAAAUGGAGUCAGUGCAGUGAUUAUACUAUCUCCUGGGUCUUCUUCUCUCACCUUUCUUGGUAAAGUUUGUGUUUUCAAAUAUUUUUUUCUCUUGUGAAACAGAGAUGGAACUUAUGUGCGUCUCAGUUGUCAGCUAUGUUUUUAUUUGAUUCCUGUAGCACUGUUUUAUAGGUUUUUGUAUCAAGUUAUUUUCACAAGUAUAUAGGUCUCUGGCCCUCUUUGCUGCUGGUUGCUCCCUGAAUGCUGAAGAACUCGCUAUCUCGAAACUCGGUUUGCCUCGGUGAGUCUCUAGAGAAGCGUGGUAUCAGUCACCUCUUCCCGUCCGGGUUAAAAGACUUUUCCUUUCAAUCUGAAAACUGUUAAAGACUUAUCCUUUAUCUGUAUUGACAUACUGUGUUUUGUGUUGUCUGAAGAGGGAUGAGAUAGUUCCUGCACUGCAAAAACGAGACAUCAUAGCUCGUGCAAAGACAUGACCUAGAAAGAAUUUAGCUUUAUGUAUCAUCAAACUCCUUCUGAACAAGCUGUAGACUACUCUGCUUUCAGGUUCUUAUGAUUUUACUCAUGUCUGAUGUAUAAGACAGAAUUCAGAAACGAGGAGCAGAAGAGCGAGUAUCAUUUGUUGUUUGCUCAACUUUUAAUCUUGUGAUGUUUCUCUCAUGUUUAAGUUUCAGAUAGAGGCUUUACGUGCCAGUAGUCUUCAAGUGCCUUGAAGACCUCCUCGCAUAUCAGAAAUGUCAGUGGAAGAACUUGAUGCUAAUGAAAAACAAGCUUUUCUGAAUUGGCGCCGGAUGUUUGUGAGGCUAGAGGAAAAUGAAAAGCUUGUGUUGACUCCUUUCGAAAAGAACCUCGACAUCUGGAGACAGCUUUGGCGAGUUCUUGAACGUAGUGAUUUGAUUGUUAUGGUAGUUGAUGCUAGGGAUGUGUUAGUUCCUGCACUGCAAAAACGAGACAUCAUAGCUCGUGCAAAGACAGGAACCGCAAAGACAGUAACUGGAAAUACUACUCUCGAUGUCAAAGCUGAGAGGGCAGAAGAUGUUCUCACACAUCAGAGAUACAUGCUAAGGCCAAGAAGGAAAUGGGAGCUCAAGGUUUUGAUUUAGUUCCCUUGUUUUCUAUAGCCCUUUUUAUAUUUAGCUCUGAUGUUUGUGUAAGAUUUGAUGAAAAUGUAGACAUGUUUGUGGUAAUGAUGUAAGUACAUUUUGGUUUUAUCAAUGAAAUAUAAAUUGAAUAUUA